CUGACUGCCAACUGGACCCUGUAGCUUGUUUCAGCUAUUGAAGGAUGAUCAUGUUCAGGGAAAGUCGCUCUCAUUUAAGGACAUAUUUCAACCUCUGCAGUCCAUUGUGGUUAUUAUUAUGCUCUGCAGCGUUGAUGAGCACAGAGCUGGGAUGUACACAAGGGCUGAAGGUUACAUCGACAGGCCUGUGGACCAUCCAGAGGGCCGAGGGCGACAGAGUGACUUUGGGUUGCACUUACACGCUGAGCCAAUUAGACACAGGAGAAAUUGACAUUGAAUGGUCUUUGCUCAGUCCGGACACAACAAAAAAGGAUCAGAUGCUUCUAUCAUACACCAGCGGCACCAAGUACUACCACGGUGGCUCCAGAGAUGCUGAAGGCUUCAGCUUUGCUGCAGGCGAUCCCUCCAAGGGGGACGCUUCUCUCUCCAUCUCUCAGCUGUCACGCGUUCACAGCGCUACCUACCAGUGCAAAGUGAAGAAGUCACCUGGGGUCGACACUCGCAAAGUGUCACUGGUGGUUAAGGUGAAGCCAUCUGUACCUAAGUGUUGGCAGGAAGGAGGGGAGCUCAUCGGUGAAGCUGUUUCUCUGCACUGCCAGUCUUCUCAAGGGUCAGCUCCCUUAAAAUACAAGUGGCAGAGAGAAAGUAAAGACCCCAUGCCUCCUACUGCCACACAGAACAGUGAAACCGGGGAGAUGAGAAUCAGCAAUCACACACAGAGAUUUGUGGGGAUCUACCUUUGCGAGGUGAGCAAUGCUGUUGGAGUUGAAUGCUGCAAGAUCAGCCUGAGAGCCAACAAGCCUCCAAAUAGAGCGGCAGUGAUUGGUGGCAAAGCUGUGGGGUCGCUUCUCCUUGUUCUCAUCCUCCUGUUGUUCACUGGGCUCCUGUGCUGGAAGCUGAAUGACAGAUAUCAUCAUGACAAAGAGUUCUCCAACGAGAUCAGAGAAGACGCCACACCCCCUGAGAGCCGCCCGGUGAGUCGACAUGCAGGUCGUAACUCUGGACAGAGCCCUCACACUGGCUACAGUUGGGUGGAUCAGAACCAGGUCAGCGUUUCCAUGACAGGAAGCAGACACCAUCACUCAAGCUACAGCCUAGGACAAACACCGAUCAGACACGGACCGGCUGGAUGGGACAGAAAGCACCAAUAUGCAGUGUGAUGCACCAGAAUGUUAACUUUGAUGAUGCUAGUUUCAUAUUCAGAUUUUCAGCACGUUUUUUUUACUGAUAAUUUCUAUGAGAUCAUGAAAUCAGCAACGUGGCCUUAUCAGAUUGUUGUAACAUAAGUACAUAUUGUGUAGUACAGUGGCAGCCAUUCAAAAUGGCCCUUCCCAGUCAAACGGCAGCAGAAUGACAGCCCACUUUGCUAGAACUCCCAGCAAAAUCCCCUCCAACUUCCAGCCACUGGAGUGACCCCCUCUUUCUCCUGGGUGUGCUUUUAUUGUUAUUCUGACUCUACCUUUUCACUGAAUUACAGGGUCUGACCAGGAGAUGAUGCUUCUCUUUAGAUCUUAAGUCCAAAAAUCAUGAUAUUUUAAUACAAAGAUUGAUUUUUAAAAAUGUAUUGUUGGACCAGCAAUGGCUCCAUCAAGGAAAGCGGGGAAAUUUUGAAUGGCUACUACUGUAUAAGGAUAUACU